AUGGACCGCUCUGACUUUCACCAUCGUCAUUCGGCACAUGCUCCUCAUCCUCCCCCUAAUUACUUUGUUCGGGUUGGAGAUUCAGAUAAUAAAGACGAUUUAUAUUUGAGGAAGAGAACAAGGAUGCGUCGUUGGCUAUGCUGCACUUGUCAGGUCGAAGAGUCUUAUCCAUCAAAUGAAAACGAACACCUGAAAAGCCCAAGGCCUUAUGGAGAUGGCAACACAAAAAGUUCGAGAGUGUCAGCUCCUCUCAAACCUGAAGUACAAAAGGCACCACCACCUAUCGAAGUUCCUGCAUUAUCCUUAGAUGAGCUGAAGGAAAAAACUGACAACUUUGGAUCAAAGGCCUUGAUUGGUGAAGGGUCGUAUGGGAGGGUGUAUUUUGCAAGAUUAAACGAUGGAGACGCUGUGGCUGUGAAAAAGCUUGAUGUUUCUACUGAACCUGAAUCAAAUAACGAGUUUCUCACCCAGGUUUCCAUGGUCUCAAGAUUGAAGAAUGACAAUUUUGUUGAAUUGCAUGGAUACUGUGUUGAAGGAAAUCUUCGUGUACUUGCAUACGAGUUUGCUACUAUGGGCUCUCUUCAUGACAUUUUGCACGGUAGAAAAGGAGUUCAAGGGGCACAACCUGGGCCAAUUCUUAACUGGAUGCAGCGGGUUAGAAUUGCAGUUGAUGCAGCAAGGGGAUUAGAAUAUUUACAUGAGAAAGUUCAACCAUCAAUUAUACAUAGGGAUAUCAGGUCAAGCAAUGUGCUUAUCUUUGAAGACUUCAAAGCUAAGAUAGCUGAUUUUAACCUCUCGAAUCAGGCCCCUGACAUGGCUGCACGCCUUCAUUCUACUCGUGUAUUGGGAACAUUUGGGUAUCAUGCUCCAGAAUAUGCCAUGACUGGACAGUUGACUCAAAAAAGUGAUGUCUACAGUUUUGGAGUUGUCCUUCUUGAGCUGCUUACAGGUAGAAAACCAGUCGAUCAUACCAUGCCUCGAGGACAGCAAAGUCUUGUUACUUGGGCUACCCCAAGAUUAAGUGAAGAUAAAGUGAAACAAUGCGUUGACCCGAAACUGAAAGGAGAAUAUCCCCCUAAAGGAGUUGCUAAGCUUGCAGCUGUAGCAGCACUUUGUGUGCAGUAUGAAGCUGAGUUUAGGCCUAAUAUGAGCAUUGUUGUUAAAGCACUCCAACCACUUCUGAAGGCUCCUCCCGCUCCUGCACCUGAAACUUAA